CCCGAGCUAAGAGAUCCUUCGAACAACUAAGAAUCUCAGGACGAUUUACUAGGGUCGAUUGCCGACCAGGUGAGAGUGUUCCCUUUACUCCUUUUUACAAAAGGGUUCCUCUUUUUAUUUUAUUUUUUUUUAUAAUUACAAAAGCAUUCUUGCUACCUUUUUGACUGAUGAACUGUUUGGAACUUCAAUUUGCUAUAUUUGAAAUAUCACAUGCGAACCCAGUGUCCAGGAGAAGGCUAUUUGCAGUGGUUUGGAUGCCUUGAAACCUUCUAUGGGUUUAUAAAUAUUUUUGUUAGUAAACUACUUAAUGACAAACCACUGGGUUGCUCAGCCUGUAUACAACUUCCCUGGAAUGUUUUUGAUACCACUUUUACUGCAAGUAAAUAAAUACCUGGAACCUGGGAAAGCAGUGUGAAGUGUCAAUGCUUGGAAGUCAUUUGAGCUCCUUAAAUAUCACUGUUUGUUUUUACCUCAAGUUUCUUCCUUUCUGAAAUGUUUUGUUGAACAAGGUUAAGUGCUCUUUGAUGAGCUAUGUUUUCCUAUUGUCACUGUCUACUUUUAAUUUUCAAGCUUCUUUCUUUUAUAAAUAAUUUUAUCAAAAUGAGUUAAGCCUGCUAUGACCAGCGAAUGUUUGACCAUAUUCUCGAUUGCGUGCUUGAAACUCGGGCUUGAUUGACUAGCUUGAACAUUGUCUUCUAUCGAAAACCUUCGAGAGUCGUUUCGGGCAUUGAAUUGCCUUUUGGCACCCCGAACAUUGACUUGGCUCAAAGCUGACUUCCUGAGUCGUUUGGACCUUGAAUUGACCUUUGGUCACUCCAAACAUCGAACUGGCUCAGCAGUUAUGUCUCACAAAUUGUAUGGACUAAUUGAAUGUUUGUUGAUAUAUCGGUAUAUCGUGUUUGUCAUUAAUAUGUUCAUGGUAUUUGUUCAUGUUUGGUUUUUGUUAAUAUUGGUCAAACGUUGUCACGUUGGAAGGUUUGGAGAUGAUAGAUUUGUGAAGAUGUGAGCUUAUAUUGUUUUGAACUUAACCACUGAUCCUUUCCAAUGCUUUGUUUUCGCCAUUUAAAAUAGCUCCAUACUCGUUUUGACCUAAUCAGUUCUUUUGAAUGGUAGCCAUCAAUCAUUUUUUUUUUUUAAAGAAAUCACUAUUGUUCUCGUGAAUGUUGCAAAACUGAGGACACUGACGGGCUAUAUUCAAUAUAGCUGACCCCUAUUAUUUUUAAAACCAUUUUUCAGGUAAAGUAGUUGGUAAGGGCUUUAUGUCUGUCUUUGAUUAUUAGUUGGACCUCAAGCUCAAGUUAUAUCAAGAGAUAGUAGAAGUUACUGUAGCUGUUUAGGUUGUGUAUAAGUUAGGGAGAUUGAAAUUAUGUGUCGUUGGCCUACUAUUGAGCUAUGGUGUGUAGUCUAGAAGCAGAAUUCUUGGAAUAUCUAGGAAACCUGUAAAAGUUAUUCUUUGAGGUAGGCUUUAGAGUUUUAACUUGCUAGAUGUUGAGAUAGAAUCAGUGUUCAUUGUUGAAUUUUCGUUUUGUAUUGUACUCUUAGUGGAGAAACGAAUUUCUUUACUGUUAGCUUAACACUCGGCCAUACCCCAUUUUGUUGUCAUUAAAAAUAGGGGUUUGGCCGGGUCGUUACAGGUAGUAUCAGUCUAUCGGAGCAUAGGAAUAUGAUCCAUUUUGGGAAUAGUCAGAUGAGCUUCACCCUGGAAUUAGAAUGCAGGAUAUAUGAAGUAGAUUGUGGAAUAUAACCAUUUGUGAUUCGUGUUUUGGGCUUAAAGAUACAACCCAUCGAGUGUAAUACAUAAGAUGUACAAGCCUUUGGGAGUAGAGUAUCUGAUGACAUAUUAGAGUUUUAGGAUGGUCUAUUUGGGGCAAAUAGUGAUGAUGCAAGAUCUGACUUUGUAAAAUUUAAAUUAACAAUGUCAUAUUUCGGUUUUGGCAAAUUCGGUUUUGAGGCACACUUUUGUGCAGUCUGAUUUUCAAGUCUUGCAGUGAUGUUUUGCAGAAUUUUCCAUACUGAUUAUCGUCUUGUCUGUCCUAGUUUAUGUCAAGAUUUACGGAUCGUUAAAUGGAUUUCAGUUGUUUCUAAAAGAGGUUUCAAAGUUGACAUGUUAAACCUGAUUUUUCUGAAAAUUCUGGAAUGACACCCUACUGUUUGAAUGUUUAUUUAGCAUCUCUAUAAAACCUUCUGAGUUGAUUUCUCUUCAUGAACCUUUUCUUUGCUUGACAAUGUUUUUGCCUGUUUUUACGGCUUACGAAGUGGAUUCCUAGUCAGUUCAAAAUCCAAAUUUAAAGAAGGCGACAUUAUGAAUUUUCUGCAACAUUCAAAAUUUACUGAUUGAUAGGUUGAGUUUCAAGUGUUCACAUUUAGUUAUUUUGAAAACCUUCGUGCACGAUUUCUUUUCUAGGAUUCUUGUACACUCAUUGAGGGGUUUCUGUCAGUGUUUAUAUCUGGUAAAUUGGAUCUUGGGAUGUUUCAGAUAGUGAUUUGAACAUGAUCUAUUACUUCCUGAAUAUCUGAAAUCUCUAAAACUUUUCUUGAACUGCUAUUUUUUUUGAGAUUUGUUUUUCCUUAUUCUUAACUGUUUUAUGAGGUUUCUUCCCAUAAACCCUUUCUACGUUUGAUAAAGUUUAUUUCCGUUUUUACAGACUACUAAACAGAGCUAUAGUUUGCUCAGAAAUUGGAUUUCAACUUGACAGAAUGAAUCUGAAAAUUUUGAAAAAUUUGCUCUGGGAUGCUGUUUUGAGGAACAGUUCUCUCCUACUGUUUAACCAUUUUUCCUGAUUUCUUCUGAUAAAACUGUGCUUUGUUUAUCCUGGUUUAGACUCGUUUUGAUACCUCACAAAUUGGAUAUUUGAUUUGAUAAAAAAAGGUGCUUCCAAUAUGCCACCGUUAUCAAUUUUUUUUUUUUGGCUGAAUUUUUCAGAACUAAAGAUUCGAACUACAGAUUUUAGUCGAAUAGUUCAUCAUCAUUUGAAAGCUUUGAUCAAUUUCAGUUAUUGAAUUUCUUCCACAGUUGAUAGGGUAUAUAUCGGACCCUCCAACCUGUAAUUAGUCCAAAAUAGUGUUUAAAGUGGCCUUCCCAUCAGAAGCUUCCUGAAAUUUUCAUUUCUUCUAUAAUAAUAGACUGUCUUUGAUCGACUGUAUUUUAUUCAUCAUUUAAAAGCCUUUAAAAAUGUUUUCUUUUCUUGAAACCCUUAUAUACUGAGAAAAGGUUGUGUAAAUAUAUAGUGGUUGUGAAACGGAGCCCCCGUUAUUUCAAAAACAUACUUCGGAAAAGAGUCAGAAUUCUAUGAGUUUCUGAGUUUCAUUUUAUUUGGGAAAAAAAAAGCUAGAUCAGCAGCAUCAGAGAUUAGUACUUGAGAAAUUGAUAUCUAUAGAACAAUUUCUAAGAUUUUCAUAGAACUUAGGAGCAAGAAUUUAAUAGUAAUACUGUAACGUUUCUGUUAACUUUGUUGGUUGUAUUAUUAAAAUGGGGAUAGAAAGUUUAUCUUCAUUUGGUUUGUAUUAUUAUGGGCAGUUUUAUCCUUUCUCUUUCAUCUCUUUUCAGCGAAAUACUUGUAUAAGUAUGAGCUUCUUAUUUUCUUUUUCCUUAUACAAAUUUCUGUUUUUGACUCUUUAUCUUUGUAUUUGAAAAUCUGUCGAAAGUUUUCCAAUUUGAACUUCUUUCCAAAGCCAAAACAAGUUGUUUCUUGCUUGUCAAACUGAUUGAUCAACAAGGACAAUGCUUCACACUUACUAUUCAAGGUGCAAGUCAAAAUGCCGUAAGGCGUAUUCCUGCGGUUUAUCGUUUUAGACACAUUCUGUCUCAAUCCUGCGGCAAGGACAUAUUCUGAAUGAGUUUGUGAUUGCUCAAUAUGUGUAAAGAAAGGGCUUUUGGCCAUUGGGAAAGUUGGGACUGAUGGAGAAGAGUGAUAAAUGUUACUUCAUUUCAUCAUCUUCUUCUUCUUCUUCUUCUCUCUCUCUCUCUCUCUCUCUCCCCUUUUCUUUUGAGUGCUAAAUAUUACAUAAAAUCUACUGUAAUGCAUUUUAAGGGUAAUAAUUGGUUACUUCAAAUGUCAGGAUUCAUGAAUGUGUUAAUAUUUGGGCGCCUAUUUUGCUUUUGAGGACACAUUCAUGCUAAUUUACUGAACUAACACUAUUUUAUUUGUACAGGUCUCAGGCAUCCUAGAACCUGAACCAAUUAGAUUGUGACAAUCUGAUUAUGGAAAGGCAAAGGCGGCACACACGUUGCCAGGCGGCUCCAGAUUGGACUUCCGGAGAGUGUUUAUCUCUGGUGAAUGAAAUCAAUUCGGUUGAAGGAGAGUGGAGAAACUCACUAGCUUCAUUCCAGAAGUGGCAACUUGUAGUGGAGAAUUGCAGUUCCUUGGGUAUACAACGGAGUCUUAAUCAAUGUAAAAGGAAAUGGGAUGCUUUACGAAAUGAGUACGAGAAAAUCAAGGCGAGUGAAGGAACAUAUUGGUCAUUUGAUUCUAGCAAAAGGAAAGAUAUGGGAUUCCCGGAGGAAUUUGACAAGGAAUUGUUUAAGGCGAUAAGUAGAUAUUUUACACAAAAAGGAGAUGCUACUGCUCCAGAAACUGACCCAGAUAGUGAUCCUGAAGCGCAAGCGAGGACUAAGAGAAUGUUUCUGCAAACUGGCCCCAAGAAACAGAGGAAGAAGAGAAUUCCUUGUAAAAGCAACAUGGCAGAAAGGUUCCAUCCUUGGAGACAUAUCUUAGGUGGAAUUAUUAAACCUGAACCAUCCAGCUUGAAUCGAGGUCCAGAGGAUUCACUGAGAAGUGUAGGAGUUGGGCAGAUCACAAAUACAGCUGUGAAACCUGAGCCAUCCACCACGAAUGAAAUUCUAGAACGUCAAAAAACAGGCAUAGUUCCUAAUGUGAAACCGGAUGGUGGUAUCAGUAAAGAUUUUGAAAAAGAGAUGACUGCAAAACUGUUGGAAAAUGCACAACUGAUUAAUGCCAUCCUCAGUGGAAGCCAAGCCGAGGAAGAAGUCGAUUACAAGUUGGGCGAUCUGAGAAAUAGGGAGGCCGUUGAGUCUGAUUUGGUCCGGCACCAAUGUGACAAGAUCAUUGAUUGCCUUGGGAACAUUGUAAACACCAUUAACCAGUUUUGUAAUGUGGUCGAAGGACACUGUAUUCAAUCUCAAAGCUAG